AUGAGAAUCAGCUCUGACUUUGAGCAACCUCUUAGUGGCUCCGAUUAUAUUUCUUUCCCAACUUUACAUUUGGCCGUCAGAGUCGCCCGAGAAGAGCAGAAGGAUGAGGAGGAUUCCCUGGCACUGACUGCCUGCAAUUCCCAGAGUCGAGUGCCAUUCGACUUCGGAUUCCCAACGUUCUUUCCAUAUUUGCAGAGCGCGCCGAGUGGCUUCACGGCUGGGAAUUUCCCAAGACCUAGCAACUCGGCAGCUGUUCAGCGCCAAUCUGAUUGGUCAGCAGCAGAUCUCUCUACCAGGUCGUUGGGCAUAAGGGUCUCGGGUCGUGGACGUUUAUACAGACGAAAUAAGCCUAUCAUAGACUAUAUGGUACGAAUCAGUCAUGAGAUGGUCUCUGAAAACGUUGCUUGGGAUGUCGGAAUCUCACAGCAAGAGGUGGACGAUGAGUUCCCUUGCAUUAGCAGAAAGUUUGACUACAGCUCCUUCGUCUGCGUGUGCAACGCCUCCUACUGCGACACCCUGCCGCGCCCUUCAGUUCCCCGAGAGGGAUAUUUCGUUCUUUAUUCCUCCGACAUGAUGGACAAGCGGUUCAGCAAGUCUCAGGGAGAACUAAACCUCAGCCUUCUUCUUCUUCAAUCAGGCUCCGGAGACGCAGGAAUGGCCGUGGAAUUCAGCCUGGAGACCUCUGUCGCCUAUCAGACUAUCAUAGGUUGGGGAGGAGCCAUCACAGAUGCCGCUGCGUAUAAUGUUCUCUCCCUUUCCCCGGACGCUCAGGAGCGUCUUUUGAGAUCCUACUUCGACGUCGACGGGAUCGAGUACAACCUUGUGCGCAUCAACAUGGGCGGAUGCGACUUCUCUUGGAGGAAAUACACUUACGCCGACACCGAGGGCGAUGUUGACCUCGAGACCUUCGCCUUGGAGCCAGAGGACUUGGACUAUAAGAUCCCUGUCAUCCAAAAGGCGAAGGCCAUAUCGACACAUCCCCUGAAGAUUUACGCCUCGCCCUGGUCGGCUCCUCCUUGGAUGAAGACCAAUGCUGAUUACUGCGGUUAUGGAAAGUUGAGGGAUGAUAUGUACCAACCUUGGGCGGAAUAUUUUGUCAGGUUCCUGGACAGUUACUCGGCAAACAACGUCUCCAUCUGGGGUCUCACUGCGCAGAACGAGCCUAGAAAUGGAUAUGUGCCCGGGUUCUUCUUCAACUGCAUGGGGUGGACUGCCGAUCAGCAGAGAAAGUGGAUCGCCGAGAACCUGGGACCGACCUUGGAAGCCAAUGGCUACGGAGAUGUUGUGCUUAUGAUCAUGGAUGACCAAAGGCUCGAUUUGCCUGAGUGGGCUCAAACCGUUCUCAACGAUCCAAUUGCGGCCCAGUAUGUCGACGGGAUUGCUUUACAUUGGUAUAUGGAUCAGUAUUUCGAACCCGGACGCCUAACUAGUACCCAUGAACUGUAUCCGGACUAUUUCAUUCUGGGGACUGAAGCCUGUGAAGGCAAUGGAAUAUACAAGAAGCCAAUCAUGCUUGGAUCUUGGGAGAGGCUGGAAAGUUAUGCUCACGAUAUUAUUGUCGACAUGAACCACUGGGUGACAGGUUGGACCGACUGGAACAUAGCCCUCGACACUGGAGGUGGUCCCAACUGGAGUGAAAAUUUCGUCGACUCCCCAAUCAUUGUCAAUAAGACAUCAGACGAAUUUUACAAGAACCCGAUGUUCUACGCAAUGGGUCACUUCUCCAAAUUCGUCAAAGAAGGGGCACUAAGAAUACAUAUGAUUUCCCAGGACCCACAAGGACUCGAAGCCACAGCUUUUCAGAAUCCAGAUCUGACAAAGGUCAUUGUUAUUCUAAAUAGGUCUAAGAGAGCAUUCAAAGUGAAUGUAAAAGUGAAAAGUAGAGGAAUCAUGUCUUUAUCAGUUGGUCCACGAUCACUGCACACCGCCAUCUUUAAGUGAACAAAAGAAGGUCUAGCAAAAGAGAUGGUGAUAACUUACGGUAAUGCUCGU